AUGUUGCAAAAUCUUUUCAUACUGACAUGGCUUAUAUUUUCAGCACAGUCAAUUCAGUCUGAACUAGCAGAUGCAUCCCACUUUCUAGAGAACCCAAAUUUUCCUGGUGUUAAUGUCAGCAGUCGCAACACAAAUGUUGAACUGGACAAAGUUCUGAGCAAGUUGCGUUUAGUUGGACGUAGCUGCAGAGAAAUUCAACAAAACUAUGAUGUUUAUGAAGAUGGCAUGUACUACCUCACCACGACAAACGGAGUGGUGUACCAGACCUACUGUGACAUGACCACAGCAGGGGGUGGAUGGACACUGGUAGCCAGUGUGCAUGAGAACAACAUGUACGGGAAGUGCACUGUUGGAGACCGGUGGUCAAGCGAGCAGGGAAGCCAUUCUGGCCGCCCUGAAGGAGAGGGGACCUGGGCCAGCAUGAGAACUUUUGGAACUCCAGAGGGUGCCACUUGUGAUGACUACAAGAACCCUGGCUACUAUGACAUCAUCGGUGAGGAUGUGUCCGUCUGGCAUGUUCCCAACAAUACUCCACCACAGCACUGGACCAUUGCUUCCAUCCUGAAAUACCACACGGAGGCCAGUUUUCUUACCAUACAUGGAGGGAACCUAUACCACCUCUUCAAGAGGUACCCAGUGAAGUCUAGCACUGGAGCGUGCAAGACCAAUAAUGGACCAUCCAUUCCUGUGGAGUACGAUUAUGGCAGUACUACGACCACAAGAAACCUGUAUGGCCCAAACUCUAGAAAUGAAUUCACCGCUGGCUUCAUCACCUUCAGAGUGUUCAACAAUGAGAAGGCAGCAAUGGCCAUCUGCUCUGGAAUGCAACCAACUGGCUGUAACACCGAACAUUACUGCAUUGGGGGUGGAGGACACUUUCCUGGGGAACCUCGCCAGUGUGGAGACUUCACAGCCUUUGACUGGGAUGGUUAUGGAACACACAAUGGGUGGAGUGCAUCCAGAGAGAUAACCGAGGCUGCGGUGCUCAUCUUCUACCGCUGACCCGAGCCAUAUGCCAUUGAAAGCCAGAGAUGUAGAGUUACUGUAACCCAUGUAAACUACUGUUGCUAGUCACUGCAUCUGCAACAGUACUUCUACUUUAUACAUCUCUGUUGAAAGCCCAAACUGAGAUACCUAUAAUGCAAAAUCACAAGACUUCAGCACUGAUAUUCUGUCUCCUUUAGUCAUGUUGCUUGCCUCUCUUGUGCACUUUUUCCACAGAUUAUGCUCUUUUACAGUCGCUUGUAUUGGGUGUAUUAAAAAGUCUAAAA